UCUCCAAAAUGGUGAAGUCGACGGUGUUUAUUCUUGCGGGGCUUGCCCUGGCUUCAGCUCUCCCAACCCAGGACCCUGUACUCCGUAAGCUGGACCCCGGCCCGCGCUUCCAGCACGUGAGCGACGGGGAAGGAAAGCUGCACCUCGUGGACCUGUGGCAGAAGGCCAGCGAUGUGCGAGAAGCGGCCAGAUACAAUCCUGAUUCGCAGAACAUUUAUCAUCUUUUUACCAGGUUAAACCCAACAGUGAGCCAACCGAUGCUCAUAGGCAACAGCGGUCUCCUCGGCCUGACCAACUACAACGCACAAAGACGCACCAUCAUACUUCUUCAUGGUUGGAACAGCGGAACCACUUCGGAUUUCAACACUGUGCUUAUUCCAGCAUUCCUGCAAGCUGAGGAUCUGAAUGUAAUCUUGGUGGACUGGACAGCCGGUUCCAACACCAUCAACUACGCCGCUGCUGUCACCAACACCAAGACUGCAGGCGAAGGCAUCGCUCGCUUCAUCGACUGGCUGAACAGGGAGACCGGGGCCUCCGCGACCCACUACCACAUCGUGGGGCAUAGCCUCGGGGCCCACAUGGCGGGCAUCAUCGGUCGGAACCUCAACGGCGCUCCAGCAUACCUGACAGCCUUGGAGCCCGCCCUCCCCGGCUUCAUCACAAACGACGACAAGUUCCGCGCCAACGACGGAGCCUACACCGAGGUGAUCCACACCAACGCCGGGAACCUGGGGUACAUCGGCACCCUGGGUCAUGUGGACUUCUACCCCAACGGGGGGAUUAAUAUGCCUGGGUGUGACGGCAUGGCAUGCGAUCAUGCUAGGUCAUACUUCUACCUCGGCGAGUCCCUAACCACUGGCGGGUUCACGGGCCGUCGAUGCGCCACCUACUUGGGUGCCAUGAGCGGCAACUGUAUACUGUUCGGCAACCUGCAGAUGGGAGGUCUAGUGCCGAAGACGGGACAAUCUGGAAUCUUCUGGCUGGAGACCAAUGCUCAUCCACCGUUCUCCAGGGGCUAACUUAUUUAUAUCUACAAAUAAA